AUGCGACAUUUAUUACUUCUUAUUUCAUGGCUAUUCUGCAUGAUUCCCUGGAGUAACUGCGCUCCAUUAGACUCAUGUUCACGUGUUGAUUCCUGCUUAAAAUGUGUGAACUCUACUGGAUUCGGAUACAGGUGCCAGUGGUGUUCCACUUCGAAUACUUGUGCUUCUGAGCAGACUACAACGAAUAAUUGCCACGUGGAUGAUUGGACACUUCACGAAUACAAUUGUCCGAUGGAUGUUUCAAAUGUUAAAUAUGAUGAAUCGUUCAUGAGAGAAACCGUACUCCCGUUGAUUGCUGCCACACAUGCACCCAGUUACCAGAAGCUUUCUCGAUCCCUGGACACUUGUUUUGGAGAAGACGACAACAUUGAAAUAAUCAAUGCAUAUGAAAUUUACUGUGACGAGACUGAAAUUACGACAUGUUUUGCAUACAGUGCUUAUCUCAAAGACCGAAAUGCAAUGGUUCUGGUGUUCAGAGGAACGACUACACUGUUUCAGUUGAUUGAUGAGGGAAUUUCAUUCUUCCUACAUCCAAAAGUUCAAUUUAAUGUGACAAAAGGAGUUGUUGAUGGAUAUUAUUUGAAUGCAUUCUAUUCUUUAUGGGAGAAGGGAAUUCAGAAGGACGUGGAAAAGAUUCUGAAUGAAAAACAAGACAUGAAGAUGUGGUUCUUCGGGCAUUCUCUUGGUGGAGGUUUGGCUUCGAUAGCUUCUUCCUACGUGGCAAAAACCUAUGGUAUCGAUGGAUCUCGUACGAAACUUGUGACUUUCGGGAUGCCACGUAUUGGAGAUAUUGAUUUGGCAGAAGCACAUGACGAGUUGGUUCCAGAUUCGUGGAGAAUUGAACAUAGUAAAGAUCCGAUUCCGGCACUUCCACCAAGAACAUUCCCAGAUGAGAUUGAUAAAGGAUCAUUUCAUCACAAUACAGAGAUCUGGUACCCUCAAGGAAUGGCUCUCGGAGCAAACUUCAAAAUAGGAUCAGCUCCUGAUACUACAGUAGGGCGCAGUGUAUUUCCAUUCAAUAUCGAGGAUCAUUUCACUUAUUUCAAUGUUUACUUAGAAUCUUGGUAUCUGAAGGGAUGCAAUAAAGAAGAUGUAGCUCCGUGA